AUGUUUCUUGAACAAUUGGCAGAUAAAAAGAUAUGUUCGUCGCAUUGUAAUGUGAACAAUUACGUAUGGAUGAACGUUAAUGGUGCCCUAGGUGUAUUUGUCGCCCAUCCGUUGGAUACAAUAAAGACAUGGCAGCAGGCCUCCAACACAUCGGUACCGACAGCCGUACAACAAAUCUACAAACGUAACAAUGGGAUCAAUGGCUUUUAUCGUGGCAUGUUUUUCCCCUUUGUCACAACGGGCGCAAUAAAUUCAAUUUUGUUUGGGGUCUAUGGCAAUCAUUUGAGGCAGCUGAGGCGGGUGUGUCACAGUGACUAUCAACGUGAACAGCUGGAAUAUAAAAAUAUGUUUAUCGCAGGAUCAAUAGCGGGAUUUGUGCAGUCAUUUGUAGCGUGCCCCAUAGAGUUGAUCAAAAUUCGCCUGCAAACACAUCAUUAUUACAACAAAUAUAUUUAUGGACAUAGGAUGACACCAUUCUGGAUGUUUAAGAGAAUCGUUAAGAAUGAUGGAUUUUCGGGGCUAUUCCGAGGACUGGUACCCAUGAUGUGUCGAGACGUUUUCCCCUAUGGCAUCUAUAUGUUGGCCUAUCGAUAUACCACCACCUAUUUAGAUCAAACGGAAUUUGUACAGGCGCGACGAAGGCUACGUUCUGAAGAUGAUACCCAGGUGGAUUUUGUUGUAACGACAAUGGCGGGGGCAUGGGCGGGGAUUCUGUCCUGGGUGUGUGUUAUACCCUUCGAUGUAGUGAAAACCAUAAUGCAGGCCGAAGAGAAUCGCCAGUAUCGUUCAAUAUGGCAUUGUUUGAAUAAGAAUUUUAAGCACUAUGGUUGGCGCAGCUUGUUCCGUGGCAGCUGGAUGUUGGUCGUCAGGGCGAUACCCUUUAACGCAGCCACAUUUGUCGGUUAUGAAUACGCUUUGGAGUGGUGUCAUAAAUACUUUCAAGUUCAAGUCAAAUCAAGUCCGAAAUAUUAUUAG